AUGGACAUAUCAGAUGCAAAAGAUUUAGAUGAAGAUGAGCCAGUUGUAGAAGAGGCUCCUGCUAUGAAACUUGCUAGAAGGGAGAUAAGUGAAAGUGACACAACUUUUGUAGACUAUUUAUCAGAGGGGGGAGAUGAGUUAAGGGAGAUAAGACUAAGGAAGAUUGAGGCCAAGAAACUGCCUAAAACUGCUAAACAGCCUACACUUGUUGGAUUGGUAUUCCGGGGUCAUAAUGAGAAGAAAGAAUCAAGUAACAGAGGUAAUAUCCUUGAACUUUUAGAGUGGUUAGCUAAAUAUAAUGAAAUAGUUAGAGAGGUGUUAAAACGAGCUCCUAGAAACCACAAAAUGAUCGCCCCUUCGGUUCAAAAAGAUCUGAUAAACUCUUGUGCAAAAGAAACAACUAGUCUUAUUGUGGAGGAUGUUGGUGACAAUUACUUUGCAAUUUUGGUAGAUGAAUCUUCUGAUGUAUGCCACAAAGAACAAAUGGCUUUAUAUUUGAGAAAAGAAAUGUUGAGAGAAGCUCAGGCUCAACACGUUUUACAAGUCUUGGAUGAUGAUGAACUUCAAAGUGGAAAAGGUAAAAACCAAGAGCUUGGUUUGGUAAGACCAUAUGACACUCGUUGGGGAUCUUAUUACAAAUUGCUUGCAAAUGUUGUUGACUUGUAUCCAGUGAUAUGUAAGGUUCUUGAUAACAUCGAGGAAAAUUCUUCGGUUGGUGAAGACAAGGCUAAAGCAGAUGCUGCUAGUUAUGCAAUCGAGUCUUUUGAUUUUAUUUUCAUGGUCCUGCGUACCGCUGAGAGGGUACAUCAUCAGGAAGAAAAAAGCGUGGCCAACUACACACCACAAACGCCUAAAGAGUUUCCAAGUAUUGAAUUGCACCGGCUUGAUGAUCAACUUGACCUCUUCAUUAAUGACAUGAGAACCGAUGAGAGCUUUACAGGAUUAAAGGAUAUCCGGGAACUUUGUAGGAAACUUGUGGAAGUAAAUAAACAUGGAACUUUUGAUCAUGUCUACUUACUUAUAAAGCUAGUGCUCAUCCUUCCGGUGGCUACUGCAAGUGUGGAAAGAGCAUUUUCGGCAAUGACAUAUGUGAAGAACAAGUUGCGUAAUAGAAUGGGUGAUCAACUUUUGAACGAUUGUUUAGUCACUUUUAUAGAGAAAGAUAUUUUCUCUGAAACUAGUGAUGAUAACAUUUUGUAA